AUGAACUCCCAAAAACUGGCAAACAGCCGUUUUCUCCAGAGCAAGCGUUCCUGCCUCCUAGCAUUUAUUGUCCUCGUUCUGAUCCUAGCCAUCAUCAUCCCUCCAGCAGUGGUUGUCCCACUUCGAAAGAAAAGCAUGGGGCCGAAGUCAAAGGUUUUUGUCCCGCUCUAUGUGUAUCCUGCUCCUGGCGCGUGGGCGCCUUUGGAGAACGUGAGAGGAGCUGAGCACUGCAGAGUCGCCACACACCCGAGCGUUAACUUUACCGUUGUGGUUAAUCCUGGCAAUGGGCCGGGGCCGGAUGCUUUGCCGGAUGCGAAUUACACGCGCGAAAUACCGAGACUUGCUUCAUACAAUAAUGUGCGGUUGCUAGGCUAUGUUCCGGUUAAUUAUACGAAUCGUGAUAUUGGCCUCGUGCGCAGAGAUAUUGAGACGUAUGCUAAAUGGCCAGUUAACGGUUCUAGUCCGGACCUUGCGGUCCAGGGUAUAUUCUUCGAUGAGACACCACAGGAAUACGAUGAUCGUGCUUUUGGAUAUUUGCAGGAACUUAGGGACUUGGUGAAGGGGAGUUCUGGGUUGGGUCCGGAUAAUUAUGUAUUUCAAAACCCCGGCGUCGUGUCCGACACCCGCUACCUCUCAACAGCCGAUUCAACCGUAGUCUUCGAGGCAACAUACGAUACCUUCCAAGAGCGUCGCAAAGCAAAAGUAUUCAAGACCCUCUCAGAGGACGAUCGUGAGCAGCUUUGCGCGGUAAUACAUUCUGUCCCAGAUAGCAUACAAGGCUCUAAGCUACGCAGUCUGGUCAAGAAGGCCCGGAAAGUUGCUGAGGAAGUCUAUGUUACUCAUUUGAGGGUGGAUUAUUAUGCGGGUUUUGGGCAUAGUUGGGGUGAUUUUGUGGAUUUGAUGGCGGCGUAG